AUGGUCAUGCUCAUGGCUGGGCAGCAAAAUAGUAAGAUUGAUCUCAACAAAGGCGAUGCAGUAUUUAAUCAGUCGCCCCUUGCAUGGGCAUGCGAAGGGAACAGGACCGAGGUCGUCAAGAUGUUGCUCGUGACUAGCAAGUCAGCCCAACUUCAAGAGAAGCUUGACCUCAACAAACGGGCAACAGGAUACAGAAACACAACACCACUUCACCACGCACUAAUUGAAAAGAACCAUGACAUUCUGAAACUUUUGCUUGAUGAUCCUAGGAUCAUGCGUGGGUUGGGUGCGACCGACUGCGAUGGCCUCAAUCUCUUAGAGUUCGCUUUCGAGAGAUCGGAUCAGAGAUGCCUCACCACGUUGUUGUUACAUCAUCACACGAAAUCGGCAGUGUUCUUCAUGGACGGCUGGGAAAUUAUCAUCCAGAAACAUGCAUCUUUGGUCAACAACCUCGAACUCUGGCACGAAUGGGAGCGUAGCAUUCUUGACCCUAAACGCAAGGUGCUGUUUCCUAUUCACAAGCUGGCCGAAGCUGGUCGACAAGAGGCUAUUGAGUCUCUUCUCCAUAGUGGCAUGAACGUUCAUGAACUGGACGGAGACAACUGGACACCCGCCGAUGUCGCUGCCGGGUACCAUCAUAAGGAACUCGAGGAGCUUCUUCGCAAAGACGACCCCAACAGAAAACUGGCUAUGCACAAGUACUGUCAACCUUCAACCUUCAUUAAUGUUUAUCAGGGACCAGAAAUUACGACAUCAUCUACAAAGGAACCAUCGCUGUCUUUCGUCUUAGGCGUGAAUGUUCCCCCUACUGCAGAAGUUAUGGGUAGCUAUCUUCGCACUCAAGAGGCGAUUCCUCCCGACUCGAAAUGUUUUUACUAUGAAAUAGAAGUCCUUCAUGUCAGCAAUGAGACAUGUUGUGUUUUUGGCUUCUGUCAGGCUUUUGUUCCUCAAAGAUCGCUGCCUGGCUGGCAUGAAGGAUCAUGGGCCUAUCACGGAGAUGACGGGGGAUUAUACAUAGAAGGGGCAUGGCACAUAAGUCGUGAAAGUGAUCAGACUUUCGAUGUAGGCGAUAUUAUAGGCUGUGGUAUGAACUUCGAAACUGGUAAGGGGUAUCGCACCAAGAAUGGAGUCCUCCUUGACUCUUGCAAUGCGUUUGAUGGUCACAACUUCUCGAGGGGCAAAUUCUAUCCAUGCAUAGGAUUUGGCGCCACUACGCAGGGAACUCAGAUGCAAAUUCGAGUUACGUUACGAGCUACUGAGGAGUAUCCUUUUUGUUUCAAAGGGCCAAACGAUGGACAGACUUCUGAGCCAAGAAUCCAGCCAUCAGAGUAG